AUGCAGGAAGUCGUGAAUAAAUGCGAAACAUCAACUCCAGAUGAUCCAUCAAAAAUAAAAUCAGGGGUUGUGAUAGUCCGUCGCGUUGCUGUAAAAUAUCUCUUUUUAAUCAAAAAACUAAACAACCUACAAAUAACUCGAAACAUUCAAAGACUAAAUAACAUUCGAAACAAAAACCCACUAAGAGAUGAAGUCGAUGACGUACUUGAUGGUGUUUCUGUCAUUUGCGAUGUGGCACUGGUUGAAGAUGCAGUUGAGGAAGUUGUUUCUGCAGUAGAUGAUGUUGUGGUUGACGGAGCAGAAGUUGUUGCGGUCGUUGUAGAUAAUGUUGUAGACGAUGUCGAUGUUGUUAUGGAAGUAGGACUUGUUGAAGAAGUGGAAGUUGUCGUGGUUUCUGCACUAGACGAUGUACUGGGCGACAGCGUUGAAGUUGUUCCGGUCGUUGUAGAUGGAUUUGUAGACGAGGUCGAUGUUGUUAUGGUUGAAGUUGUCGUGGUUUCUGCACCAGACGAUGUUGUGGGUGACGGCGCCGAAGUUGUUCCCGUCGUUGUAGAUGAGGUUGUAGACGAGCUCGAUGUUGUUAUGGUACUGGGACUUGUCGAAGAUGCAGUUGUAGUAGUAGUUUCUGCAGUAGAU